GAAGGUUUGCUUGUACAGAUGUAUUUGAACUCGAUUGUUCAGUGUAAAUCGUUAUUUCAUCUUAAAAGAAUGUCAGUAUUGUUUUAGUGUUGGGGGAAAUAUGUUGGGCAAAAUAAUUCUGGUCGUUAUGGCUGUGGGUGUGACGUCUCUGCCGCAGACGCAUGAGACGAAGAAAUUCAGAGUUGGGAUAGAAUAUGACCAUUCCUUGCCAAUGGUGGGAGGGUCGGACCGAUACCGACAUCGAAACAAUUACGACCCGUUCUUCGUCACUGUCACCGCUACCGCCAAGAAAAACUACGUAAUAUCAUACCUCGAAGUCUCCGCCACAGUGGACACAUCAGGCGAAGUGGAUUUCUGCGUCACAUCGGGUUCCACGGGUUCCCGAAGCAUGGUGUUCCGGCUGGCGUCGAACCGUUCCGAGUUCCUGUCUUAUUCGUAUUUGGCGUACGGAAUACGGGAGGACGAGUACAAAAAGGUGACGGCUGUGUCGUGUGGCGGGUGCUAGGUUAGUUAUAGUUAGUUAAGUUUUAGAAUUUAAUAAAAUACAUGUUUGAUUCAACAAGCAGAAAUUAAUAAGAAGAAUUGAGUCAUAUAACGUUAAAACGACCGUCUUUCUUUCUUAGAGUUUUGUGACAAAAAAUCAAUCUUUUUUAGGUAUAUUUUUCAAAAGUAUACCUAAAAAACCUUAUUUCUUGUCACAAACCCCUCUUGGGUAUGGGAUUAUUUUUAUUCUUUCGGAGUGAUUGUUUCCGAAAAUAUUAACUUCACCAAAGCUUUCAGCUGCCCCCCCCCCCCCCUCUAGAGCUCAAAUUUUACAUACAAUAUAUGCCCCACUGCAGCAUCCCUCUCCUCCAGGCCUCCGACGAUAUCAGCUUGCCCCCCUAGAUUGCAGGCUGGCUACGCGUUACUAGCUCGCCCCGGCUUCCUUAACAAAUUAUACACCUAAACCUUCCUCGAGAAUCAGAAUCUCUCUUUUGAUAGGUUCAUAAAAACAGCAUGAAAAUCCGUCCAACAUACAGACAGACAGAUGCGACGGAAAACUUUGUUAUAAAUAUGCGUGGAUGGUAUUAUUUUUAUAUUAAAUUCCUAAGCAAUAUCUCAUCUUUCUAUCUUCGAAACCAUGCCCGUCUGCGUAUAAUAUAAUAUUAUUCAGUUUUAUACCUCGUUAACUUGUUAAUAGUUAUUAUUAUUUUAUAUUUGUAAGAUAUAUUUUCUUAUUUUCUAGAUAAUAAUAUUCUCAACAGGGCCAUCUAUCAUGAUACGCACGUACUAAAUACAAACUCAAGUUACGUGCCGGAAAGCUUGGUUCAGUAAUAACUGAAAGUCAGCCUAUCGGCAUUAUAAUUCAAAGCAUAGUCCAUAGAUGGCGCUUGUUGUCUUAAUGUAGGUUUUUGUUCUUUAUAUUGUCAACAG